AUGUCCCCAGACGUCCGGCUCCGCGUCUCCUGGUUGAGCCGCGUGGUCAUUUUAUUCUCCUCCUUAUCGCACGCCUUCUACAUUCCAGGCGUAUCGAUACGAAGUUAUCGAGAUGACGAGCAUAUCCCACUUCUUGUGAACAAGGCAUACUCCGACACGAGCCAGUUGCAGUAUGCGUAUUUCGAUCUGCCCUUCGUCUGCCCGCCUACGGGCAACAAGCACGCCGGCUUCUCCCACGCCAGCGGACACAGCGUGGCCCUCAACCUCGGUGAGGUCCUUCGCGGUGACAGGAUCAAGAUCUCGGACUUCGAAAUCAAUAUGGGGCAGGACAUUGAUUGUCAGUACCUCUGUGACAGGGUCAUAACCCGCGAGGAUUUAAAAUGGGCGCAACAGAUGAUACAGGGCGAAUAUGUCAUAGAAUGGAUUCUCGACAACCUCCCGGGAGCAACCUCGUUUGUGACAGUCGACCGAACUCGGAAGUACUACGCAUCGGGCUUCAAGAUGGGAUAUAGGGAUUUUGACCCGGCUACAGGCAAAGAGAUGUAUUACUUGUACAAUCAUCACAACCUCGUCGUGCGGUGGCGGCAAGCACCGGGGAGAGCAGGCGACAACGGCGGAAAGGUCGUUGUGGGGUUCGAGGUAUAUCCAAAGAGUAUCAAUGUGGGUCAACGGAAUGCCACGGGCUGUCCUUCUGAUGUGUCUGGAGACGACCUGGAACCGUUAGCACUGUACAUCCCAGGAAACAUCACCGACCUGACCGAGCGAUAUGCCGAAUCAUCCUACAUCCCAGAAAGUGCGGUAGACAUGGACGACGGGGCAACCAUGACCAUUCCCUACACCUACUCGGUCUACUUUUUCGAACAGAAGGAUGUAGAGUGGUCAAAUCGCUGGGAUCUCUACUUCAACGACCAGGCUGAGAGCACGUUCACCCACUGGCUGGCCAUCGUCAACUCAUUGAUCAUCUCGGGGAUUUUGGGCGCUAUCUGCAUUGUCAUUUGGGGACGGACGAUGCAAGGAGAUGUCAAGGGUCGUGGCGAUGGGAUGCUGGAAGAAGCUCGCCUCAAGCUCGGCAAGCGCGAGAAGAAGAAGUCGGGCAGCGGAUUUCUGGAGAAGACCUCUGAGCCGAGCCUGGAAGAUGAUCUGUCUUCGGAUGAAGAACCGCUGGAAGAAAUUACAGGAUGGAAACUGCUGCAUGGCGACGUGUUCAGACCACCCCCAUAUGGCGGACUUCUUGCCCCAUUGGUCGGAUCCGGGAUACAGCUUGUCUUCAUGAUAGUGGGCUUGUUGGGAUUAAGCUGCGCGGGGAUUCUCAACCCAAGCUGGCGCGGAGGGUUCUGGAGCGUCGGUGCUGGUCUCUUCGUCGUCGCCGGUGGAUUCUCGGGGUAUUUCUCUGCGCGAGUCUACAAGACGUUUGGUGGCCAGAACUGGCGCAAGAACACAAUGAUGACUGCACUUCUUUUCCCAGGCCUCCUCUUUACCCUGGUCUUCGUCCUCAACCUCUUCUGCUGGGCGCAAGCGUCCUCUACCGCGCUCCCGUUCUCGACCCUGCUGGCCCUGGCUUGCCUAUGGCUGCUCAUCCAACUUCCUCUCGUCCAUCUGGGUUCGUACUGGGGGUUCUACAGGUCAUCCGCAUGGGAACACCCUACCAAAACAAACGCAAUACCCCGACAAGUGCCAUCUCAGGCGUGGUACAUGAAGCAGCAAGUCACACUGGCCUUGGGCGCUGGACUCGUUGCCUUCGCCGUUCUCUUCAUCGAACUCAUCUUUGUGUUUAAAUCACUCUACCUUGAUAAAUCAUCCUACUACUACGUCUUCGGCUUCUUGAGCAUCAUUUCGGCUCUCCUCUCGAUCACCAUCGCCGAGACAGUCAUCAUUGCGACAUACAUACAACUCUGCGCCGAGAACUACCACUGGUGGUGGCAGUCGUUCUUCGUGGGUGGGGCGUCGGGCUUCUGGGUCUUUGUGUACUCGGUGUGGUACUACGCCACCCGGUUGCACAUAGACGGCUUUGUGAGUGGUUUGUUGUUUUUCAGCUACAGCGCACUCGCUUGUGCGGUGUACUCGCUGGCGACGGGGACGGUUGGGUUCCUCACGGCGUACAUGUUUAUUCGGCGGAUAUACGGCGGUGUGAAGGUAGACUGA